AGGAAGAUGAAAAUUUCCGGUGAACAACAAAUAGUUCCGUCCGAUGAUCUGUAGAAAACAUAAUUAAAUUGUUUUACAAAAAAGAGAGAAAUUAAAACAAAUUCGCGCAGUAUGCAUAAAAAAAUGUCAAUUUGGCAAGGUUGUAAGACUGAUGGGUAAUAAUUAAGAUUUUGAAGUUUUUGGACGGAAAAAGGUAAAAAAAUUAAAGGACCAAGAUUCGGGGGUUUGAACCCGACGAGAAUCGAACACGCAACCUUCUGAUCUGGAGUCAGACGCGCUACCAUUGCGCCACGGAUCCUUGGUGCUAAACAACUCAUCUUUAACAUUAAUAUACCAACGCUUAUCUUAGUGUUGAAUCUUAUUACUUAAGAGGAAUGAAGAGGCUCGUACAUUUUAGUGGAAGUUUUCAGUAUCUAGUGUAGUCUUGUAGAGGACUAGAAUACAAAGAGAUGUUGGUACAUUUUCUGUACUACUACCAAAAAAAAAACAAUUGUUAAAUUCGGACUGAGAAGGAAUUACUUUAACUUAACGGGCCACAUAUCAAAAUGUAUUAAAUAAAAGCCCUUACUCGUAAAUUACGAAACGUUUCAUGUCUCUGAGCGUAACUACCAUCGUCGUCUCCGCGCGUUCUUCUCUGCCCAUAAAAAAAAAAAAAUUAUAAAAAGUUUGCUCCUUUUGAUCAUUUCCUUCUUCUCUCACUUUCUCUCUUUCCAAUUAUAUAAAAAAGGUGUGAUCCUCUUCAAGGGGGGGACUUUCGUGGCAGCUCUCACGUACAUUCGCACCGAUCAAACAGACUCCGAUUUCGAUCCUCAACGAUGGGAGUUCCAUUAGUUUGUCACGGUCAUUCUCGUCCCGUCGUCGAUGUCUCGUACAGCCCGAUUACUCCAGACGGGUUCUUCCUCAUCAGCGCCAGCAAAGAUUCGGUCCCGAUGUUGAGGAAUGGGGAGACUGGGGACUGGAUAGGGACUUUUGAAGGACAUAAAGGAGCAGUUUGGAGUUGCAGCCUUGAUAAACAUGCGAUGCGUGCUGCCUCUGCUUCUGCUGAUUUCACUGCGAAGAUAUGGAAUGCAUUGACUGGGAAUGAGUUGCACUCCUUUGAACACAAGCACAUUGUUCGUGCAUGUGCCUUCUCACAGGACACUCACCGUUUGCUGACUGGUGGAAUGGAGAAAAAACUUCGGAUAUUCGAUAUGAAUCGGCCAGACGCGCCUCCAAAAGAAGUAGGAACUCCUCCUGGUUCUAUCAGAACCGUUGAGUGGCUUCAUAGUGAUAAUACUAUCUUAAGCUCUUGCACUGACACCGGUGACAUUAGGUUAUGGGACAUAAGAAAUGACAAGAUUGUUCAAACAUUAGAAACCAAGUUCCCGGUUACUAGUGCUGAAGUAAGUCAGGAUGGGAGAUACAUAUCUACUGCUGAUGGGUCUAGUGUUAAGUUUUGGGACGCCAAUAAUUUUGGAUUGGUGAAGAGCUAUGAGAUGCCUUGCAACGUUGAAUCAGCAUCCUUGGAACCUAAAAACGGGAACACUUUCAUUGCUGGGGGAGAAGAUAUGUGGGUCCAUAGGUUUGACUUCCAUACCGGAGAAGAGAUUGGGUGUAACAAGGGUCACCACGGACCAGUUCACUGCGUGAGGUAUGCGCCAGGAGGUGAUUCAUACACGUCAGGCUCAGAAGACGGGACGGUGAGAAUAUGGGAGGUGAAUACAGUGAACCAUGAGGAGAAGGAGAGCAACAAUCUGAGCGGUCACGUGAAGCUUGUGGCAGAGGAAGUUGUGCGUAAAGCUGAAAGUCUGCGUAUCACUGAGAAAGCCACAGAAGCUGCUAAAUGAAACAUUGGUUUAGCUUAUGAUAAUACCACAUAUAGAUUCAUAGUUUGUUUUUUUGCAUCACUAUAAGAUGUGACAGAGAGUUUUUUUCUUUUAAUUGUCUCUCUGACAAAAUAAAACGAACAUAUUAUUUGACAAUUAGUCUUCUCUCUAUUUGACUCAAAGUGUUUUCCAGAAAAAAAUGAGUAUGUGAUCUUCCACU